ACAUAUUUGUCUUCCCCUCAAAGAUAACGCAGGUCUGUGAGAGCUACAGGAGCGGCUGUGGUUUUUCACAGUUGAAGUUUUUUAAUUUUGGCUUCGUCGUCUUGUUAACGCGAUAGACCUAGUUCAACUUUCACUAUCACAUUUAGGAAAUCUUAUCGUAUUUCAAACAGUCGAUCACGAGGAACUAUAUGUUGUUUCUGCCGGGACGUGUCACCUUGAAUACUGCCUCACUGGAAUGGUUGAACAUUGCCCGCUACCGACGCUAAACCGACCAACCGUUACCACUAACCUACCGUUGAAGUGUUGUACUCUAUAGUAGACACUGGAGAUGGAAUAAUCCGAACGAAUAUCGAUGUCGUAUGAUAUUCUAAAGGGUGAUUUUCUCUUUUUAACCGAAUUUUAAAAUGGGAGUUGUACUACGGAACCUCCAGAAGGUGGUGCCUCUUCGCCGCGCCAGGCUGCGCAGGGACGUGGACACGCUGAGGCACAUACUGGGAAUCCAGAAAUUCGACCUGGGCAUCAUCUGCGUGGAUAACCUCAGGAUGCAGCAGAUUAAUAACACGUACAGGAAGAAAAACAUGGCAACGGACGUGCUGUCAUUCCCGUUUUAUGAGGUAAACAUGGCCGGUGAAGCUAUGAAUGGACCAACACCUGCUCCAAGGCAGGCUGAAUGGGUUCCCUCUGUCUGCUCUCAUUUCACUGUUUUAAUAAUGGUAAUCAAAGGUGUGUUUUUGUUUUCCAGGACCUUAGACCCGGUAAACUGCCCUGCCCUCUUCACAGAGACGAGCUGAACCUUGGAGACGUUUUCUUAGGGGUGGAGUUUGUGAUGAAGCAGUGUCAGGAAGACUCCAUAGACCUGCAUGGAGCCCUCACUGUGAGUCAAACCUGCACCGUGUUUCAUUUGCUAACACCAAAUUAAGUUGUUACACUUCAAAUAAAUACAUAUGUCCCAAAUUACCCCCAUAAAUCUGAAACAUAUGAUCUGCGGAAAUAUAGUUACAUUUCUUGAUGUGUAUCACUAGGAGACACUCAAACAUAAACCAGAAAAAAAUAUUUAAUAUUAACUUACAUUAUGAUUACUUUGUCCAUGGUACCUUCAAUAAAAUAGUCUUUUAACUCUAUUGAAAAAAUUACCACCCUGGACUAUUGUCUGACUUUUUUAAAAAACUAAUUCUUUUUACCUUCAUCUCUUUAUUUUUUACUUAUUUUAUCUCUUUAUUUUUACUUAUUUUAUCUAUUUAUCUCUUUAUUUUUACUUAUUUUAUCUCUGUAUUUCUUUAUUUUUAAUUUAUUUUGCCUAUUUAUCUCUUUAUUUUAAAUUUAUUUGACCUAUUUAUCUCUAUUUUUAGGUAUUUUAUCAAUUUAUAUCUUAAUUUUUACUAAUUUUAUCUCUGUAUUUCUUUAUUUUUAUUUCUUUUAUCUAUUUCCUUUUUUUUUUACUUAUUUUAUCUAUUUAUCUCUUUAUUUUUACUUAUUUUAUCUCUGUAUUUAUUUUAAAUUUAUUUUGCCUAUUUAUCUCUUUAUUUUUUAAUUUAUUUUACCUAUUUAUUUCUUUAGUUUUACUUAUUUUAUCUAUUUAUUACUUAUUUUACUUAUUUUGCACUGGACUUACUUUGACAAAUUUCCCCUGGGGAUUAUAAAAGUAUUUCUGAUUCUGAUUCUUUCUGUCACUAAAUCACUACUUAAUACGUUUAUUGUCCAGUACUCAGCUUACCUUUAACCUUGUUUUCUCAGUUUACCUGUGUAAACUGUUAUUGUCUCAAACAAGUCAUAAAUACAGAAGUUAUGGCGCCUGUGUUUGAAGGAUUAUUUAAACUAACUGUUCUUCCCUUUCCUUGUUUCAGGUCGUCACUGCUCACGGCAUCUGUCACCUGCUGGGCUACAGACAUGAGACAGAAGAAGAGUGGACUGAGGUUGGUACACGCAGAAGACUGCCACUGAGCACACCCAAUUUUAGAGUUGACUUCUUUUUUCUCACCUCUUUAAAUCAGACCAGAUAGUUUUUCACAUUUGUCCCUCUGCCACCAUUCUAGCUGGAAUCUUUCAGUAAUAUAAAAGUUGAUGACGAGCAUUUUGACUCAACAAAUCAGAAAAAGAGAAUUCCUCGUGGGGUCCGUCUUCACUGUUUUCUUGUUUUUCCAGAUGCUGCAGAGAGAAAGCUACAUUCUCAGCGAGUACAACAGACUCACAGGGAGACACCUGGAGCCCCUGACCAAGAGAUGCACCCAGGACAGGUGACAGUGACGGUUACCUGCUCGGUGUUUUACAUGGUGCUUGAUUUUUAUGUUCCUGUGAGCAGCUGGAACUCUCUUCACUCUACACACUCGGCCUCAUUCACAAACAAAUGAAGAACACUGGACACAGCCUCCACAGCUCCCCCUUCUGCUGAUUCAGGGACUCUGCUCAUGUGCUGCUGUUUGGUUUUAGAUUUCUUUUUUUUUUUAACACCGAUGUGAAUGUUUUUUGUUUUUCAUCAAACUAAAAAGUCAGUGCAAUUUGUUGUGAUUUAUUAAAGUCUGCUUCAAGAAAA